AUGGGCGGUUGUUGCCACUCGCAGCCUUCCGUCGAAGAUCUUACGCAGGAGCUGAAUAUUCAGCACCAAACUCCUCCGCAGGAAUCGGAGAUCAAGCGCGAAGAGCUCAAGAAAUACGACGUCGUCGGCGGAGUCUGGCCUUUCACAGAUUUCUUCUUCUCCGAUCUCCAGUCGGCGACGAAGAAUUUCAGCUCCGACGAGAUCGUAUCAGAGAACGACGGAGGCGGCGAGUCUUCCAAUGUCGUCUACAGGGGACAGUUUCAGAAUCUCGGCUUCAUCGCCGUCAAGAGACUCAAGGCUCCGGCUUGGGCAGAUCCCGAUAUCUUUGCGGAGGAUGCACGGAGAGUUGGAGGGUUAAAGCACAAGAGAGUCGUCAAUUUGCUCGGAUAUUGCUGCGAUGGAGAAGAAAGGCUUCUUGUUUCAGAGUUUAUGCCAAACGAUACUCUCGCUAAGCGUUUAUUCCAUCAGAAAGGUCAAGCCAUGGAAUGGCCAAUGCGAAUGAGAGUCGCUUUGUGUGUAGCUGAAGCAUUGGAUUAUUGUAGCAGUGCAGGUCUUACGGCUUACAGUAACUUAAGUGCUUACUCGGUUCUCUUUGAUGAGAAUGGCGAUGCAUGCCUUUCCUGUUUCGGCUUAGUGAAAGAGAUAUAUCAUGAAGAAAGAGCAGCAGGAAGUGUGGACCCUGAAAGUGUGAUAUUCAGAUUUGGUACUAUCCUUUUAAAAAUGAUAACUGGAAAGCAAAUUCCUCCAAGCCAUGCUCCUGAGAUGAUAAACGGAAAGGAUGCUGUUGAAUUGAUGGAUCCAAGACUGAAGGGGAAGUUCUCUGUAGUAGACGCAAUGAUUCUUUUCGAUCUCGUCACCAAGUGUUUGCAGCCUGAGACUAGUCUCAGCACAAAAGAUCUUGUUGCAGAACUUGAAGACUUGCAAACCGAAAUAGAAGCUCCAUCUUUUGAAAUGGAUGAAAUUUCAAAGAAUCAGGAGGAGGCAUCAUCUUCUAGUCUACGACAACAACUAGUAGCAUCACAGACUAAACCAGAAGAAGUUCCAUUUUCUGAAAUGGCAGAGAAGCACGAGGAAGAUGCAUCAUCUUUUAGUCAACAAGGACAACUUGAAGCAUCACAGACUAAACCAGAAGAAGCUCCAUCUUCUGAAAUGGCAGAGAAGCAAGAAGAAGAGGCAUCAUCUUCUAGUCAACAAGGACAAACUGAAGCAUCACAGAAUACAGCAGAAGUUCCAUCUGAGGAAAAGAAGGAAGAGGCAGAUCCGAGUAAACUUUCGCCACUAGGAGAUGCUUGUUUGAGAAAGGACCUUGAUGCCAUUCAUGAGUUCUUGUUGAAGUCACAAAUCGAAGAUGACAAGAAAGUCCUCGAGUGCUCUUUGGAAGAUUGGUUACCAAUGACAUCUGUUCUUGAAACGGUGAGAGAAAUGGCUGAUGAUGCCUUCAAAAAGAAAAAGUUUGAAACCGCAAUCGACUUUUAUACCAAGGUCGCUGAAGGUAGAAACGUGGUGGUGCCAAGUGUUUACGCGAGGCGUUGUCUAAGCUACCUAUACGAGGACAAAGUGACAUUGGCCCACCUCGAUGUGAUAGAUUUACAAGACAAGUAUCCUAAUUGGUCUACCGGUUUCUACUUGAUGUCUCUGGUUUUAGCUAAAGCCGACAUGCCCGAUGACUCUGCUGAGAUGCUCCAGAAAGCUACUCUUCUCGAACAAAAGAGUUAG